GGAAGCUUGGUGUACAGUGUCUUGCUGUUGCGUGCGCCCAGAAACUUGAGGAUGCAGGUAUGACGGCGGUGAAUGUAUCAUUCGCUGCGGCUGGCUUUUUGGGAACAUACCAUUUAGGAGUAAUAGAGGCAAUACUGAGACAUGGAGAUAAGCUGUUUUGCUCUUUAAAAGCCUGUGCUGGAGCAUCAGCGGGUGCUUUAGCUGCCACUGUAAUGAUGAUUUCUCCUGAUAAACUACAGGAUUGUAAGGAAUUCACUUACAGCUUUGCCAGUAAUGUAAGAAGUCAGAGUUUUGGAGCAGUGACACCAGGAUAUGACUUCAUGCUUGAGCUGAGGGAAGGCAUAGAAGAGAUUCUACCACCCAAUGCCCACCAGUUGGCCAAUGAACGAGUCCACAUUUCAAUAACAAACUCAAAGACGCGCAUGAAUUCUAUAGUGUCCAGCUUUAAGUCGAGGGAAGACCUUGUUCAGGUUCUCUUGGCCAGCUGUUUUGUGCCCAUCUAUGCUGGUAUCAAGCCAGUGGAGUUCCAAGGGCAGAAAUGGAUAGAUGGAGGAUUUACAAACAGUCUUCCUGUUCUUCCUACGGGACGCACAAUCAUGGUGUCACCAUUUAUUGGGCCGCAAAAUAUUUCCCCUAUUCAUAAGGGGAGGAGUAAACUGCACCUCAGACUUGCCAACAUGAGCGUUGUGUUCUCGAAGGACAAUAUCAUAAGGUUAAACCAGGCCCUGUUUCCUCCCUCAUUCCCCCGACUCAAAGCACUGGAACAAGAGGGAUACCAAGAUGCCAUUCGCUUUCUAAAGCAAGAAAGAUGGAUGCAGUAGUUGGGUUUAGAUUUUCUAACACA